ACUAUCAGAUUUUUACAGCAUCUACAGAUCCCAAUCAAACUGGAGACCCAGUGUGCUGGGGUCUGUACUAACAGGUGUAACAAGAGCCACAGCAGAAUGGAUAGCCAUCCUAGUCACUCCAAGGAUACCAAUGGAAAAUAUAGGUCAGAAGACCAGUCUGUAGUCAGCAGAAUGCAGAAGAAAUACUGGAAGACAAAGCAAGUCCUAAUCAAAGUUACAGGAAAGAAAGAAGACGAGCAUGUGGUUGCAUCUGAUGCAGAGCUGGAUGCCAAACUAGAGGUUUUUCACUCCAUUCAGGCAAGUUGUAUAGAUCUUCUAAAGACUAUUGAGAAAUACCAGCAGAGACUCAAUGUUAUGUCUGAGGAGGAAAAUGAGCUGGGGCUCCUUUUAAAGGUUCAAGGAGAGCAAGAUGCUACUAAAGCUGGCAAAAUGAUGGAAGCCACUGGAAAGAUCCUCUGUUCUUCUGCUCAACAAAGGGUAGCCCUUUGUACCCCCUUGUCUCGCCUUGGGCAGGAACUGGCAACAUUCAGUCACAGGGCUGUGUCUGAUACCUUGUUAACAAUUGAUCGUAUGGAGCAGGCCCGCAUAGAAUACAGAGGGGCCUUGCUGUGGAUGAAGGAUGUGUCCCAAGAACUGGAUCCUGACACCUGCAAGCAAAUGGAGAAAUUCAGAAAAGUGCAGACGCAAGUGAAAAAUACCAAAGCCCAGUUUGACAAGUUGAAAAUGGAUGUCUGUCAGAAGGUGGAUCUACUUGGAGCUAGUCGCUGCAAUAUGUUGUCGCAUUCCCUUGCUAUCUAUCAGAUAACCCUUUUGCACUUCUGCAAGAAGACAGCAGGACUGAUGUCCAAGAUCCAUGAGGAGUUCAUAGGUGUCCACCCAUAUCACUCUGUUGCACUUGAGCAACCACAGGAGCCUUCCCUAAACAAUCCCACUGAAGAACAUAAAGAGAAGAUAGAGAAAGACACCAUCAGUACAAACCUUGAUAAGUUAAUUUUGUUGGAUGAGGAAACUUCUAUCCAUUUGGAAAGUGAAGCAGUUUCCAGCAAUCUGCUGGUAGAUUCUUUGGAAGGAGAAGAUUUUGAGAAAGAGCUGUCAUUCCUGGAUAACAUACUGAGUCCCUGUUCAAGUCCUGGAGGGAUCGUCCAGGAAUGUCAAAACGUGCUUGGGAGUCCUCAUACCAGUCUCCUUUCACAGAAUCCUGCUACAGAGUCAGAACCUCUGCCUAGUUCAUCUGGAUUCCUACCUUCACAGCUCCUUGACCUUGGCCUUCAUGCUGCUGGAAGCUUCAGUAGCUGGACAUCUGUGUGGUCUCUUACAUACUCACUGCCUGGUAACCAGCCAUUCCCUUCACACAGCACUCCAAAGAUACCACCACCGUCUAUGGAGAGCAGUAAUCAAGAUAUGUCAGCCUGGUUCAGUCUGUUUUCAGACUUGGAUCCCCUUUCAAAUCCAGAUGCCAUUGGGCGCUCAGACGAUGAACUCCUCAAUGCUUGA